AUUAAAAUAAACACCACCGCUGCAAAAGUGCAACUAAAUCGAAAAAUUAAAUGUGGGCUCUUAAACAUCAGAUCUUUAUCAACGAAAGCUGGAUUGGUAAAUGAUUUAAUAUCAGAUAAUAAGAUUGAUUUAUUUUGUCUCACUGAAACCUGGCUGAGACAUGAAGAAUAUGUCAGUCUAAAUGAAUCCACUCCACCUGGUCAUAUUAAUCCUCACAUUCCUCGAGGUACUGGCCGAGGAGGUGGAGUUGCGGCCAUAUUUGACUCAAACCUCUUGAUCAAUCCUAAGCCUAAACUAAACUAUAACUCUUUUGAAAGCCUUGUUCUUACGCUCUCAAACCCAACAUGGAAAACAAUAAAGCCAGUUUUAUUUGUUACUGUGUACCGCCCUCCUGGUCCGUAUUCUGAAUUUCUAUCUGAAUUCUCAGAAUUUUUAUCAAAUUUAGUCCUUAAAACAGAUAAAGUAAUUAUUGUAGGUGACUUUAAUAUUCAUGUGGAUGUUGAUAGUGAUAGCCUUAAUAAUGCAUUUAUCUCAAUAUUAGAUUCAAUUGGGUUCAGUCAAAAUGUACAUGGAGCCAGGCUGACAGAGAGUCACAGCUCUACAGAGCCUUCUAUUCCUAUAUCUCUCAGUAGUGACGACUUCAUGAGCUUCUUUAACGAUAAAAUUAUAAUUAUUACACACCAAAUUAAUCUCCUCCUGACCUCAAUUGGUAAUGACUUAACUUCAACUGUUGGAAUUUUAAAAACAUCUGUAACUCCUGAAAUAUAUCUAGACUGUUUUACUCCAAUCAACCUUAACCAACUAACUUCAACAAUCUCAUCGUCUAAGCCAUCAACCUGUCUUUUAGACCCGAUUCCAACUAAACUGUUUAAAGAAGUUUUACCCUUAAUUAACACCUCGUUAUUAAAUAUGAUCAACCUGUCUCUAUUAUCUGGCUACGUACCAAAAUCCUUUAAAGUAGCUGUAAUAAAACCACUUCUUAAAAAGCCUAGUCUUGAUCCAGAGGUUUUAGCCAACUAUAGGCCGAUAUCUAACCUACCCUUUCUUGCUAAAAUCCUUGAGAAAGCAGUCGCAAAACAGUUGUGUGACUUUUUACAUAAUAAUAGUUUAUUUGAGGUUUUUCAAUCUGGAUUUAGAGUUCAUCAUAUCACAGAGACGGCACUGGUGAAAGUUACCAAUGACCUUCUAUUGGCAUCAGACAAAGGACUUGUCUCUGUUCUUGUCUUGUUAGACCUCAGUGCUGCUUUCGACACUGUUGAUCAGGACAUUCUACUACAGAGACUGGAACAUUGUGUUGGCAUAAAAGGAACCGCACUAAGCUGGUUCAAGUCCUAUUUAUCUGAGCGAUCUCAAUUUGUACUUGUUAACGAUAAAUCCUCCAUGACAGCCAAAGUCAGUCUUGGAGUUCCGCAGAGUUCUGUACUUGGACCGAUUCUAUUCACCUUAAAUAUGCUUCCUUUGGGCAAUAUUAUAAGGAACCACUCUAUAAACUUUCAUUGUUAUGCGGAUGAUAACCAAUUAUAUCUAUCAAUUAAACCAGAUGAAACCAAUCAAUUGGCUAAACUUCAAGCAUGCCUUAAGGACAUAAAAACUUGGAUGUCUAGCAACUUUUUGAUGUUAAACACAGACAAAACUGAAGUUAUUAUACUUGACCCUAAACGCCUCCGAAAUGCAUUUUCUAAUGACAUAGAAGCUCUGGAUGGCAUUAACUUGGCCUUCAGCACCAAUGUAAGGAAUCUUGGCGUCAUCUUUGAUCAAGAUCUGUCGUUUAACUCCCACAUAAAACAAAUCUCAAGGACUUCCUUCUUUCAUCUACGUAACAUUGCAAAAAUAAGACACAUCCUGUCUCAAAAUGAUGCAGAAAAACUAGUCCAUGCAUUUGUUACUUUAAGGCUGGAUUACUGCAACUCAUUGUUACCAGGUUGUCCCAAAAAGUCGCUUAAGACUAUUCAGUUGAUCCAAAAUGCAGCGGCACGUGUAUUGACAAGAACAAGGAAACGGGAUCAUAUUACUCCUGUAUUAGCUACUGCACUGCACUGGCUCCCGGUAAAAUACAGAAUAGAAAAAAUCCUUCUCCUGACUUACAAAUCAAUUAAUGGUCAGGCUCCAGCAUAUCUUAAAGAUCUCAUAGUACCUUAUAAACCAACUAGAGCAUUACGCUCCCAGACUGCAGGGUUACUUGUGGUUCCUAGAGUUUCUAAGAGUACAAUGGGAGCCAGAGCCUUCAGCUAUCAAGCUCCUCUCCAGUGGAACCAGCUUCCAGUUUGUGUUCGGGAGGCAGACACACUCUCCACAUUUAAGAGUAGGCUAAAGACUUUCCUUUUUGAUAAAGUCCCUGACCAUCACUGCUACCCAUUUGACAGCGCAUCCGACCCCAGUGGUUUUUCCCAUGAGUGA